AUGUCGUCCCCAUCCGGAGCCCAGGCAGGCUCCCUUUACCCUAUCCACUUGCUCAUGGACGAGCUCAAGUCAGACGACGUCGUGCUGCGUCUCAGCUCGAUCAAGCGUCUGAGCACCAUCGCCCUCGCGCUCGGUCCUGCGCGGACCCGUGAUGAACUCCUCACUUUCCUCCAGGACCAGCUCGACGACGAGGACGAGGUGUUACUGGUGCUCGCGGAAGAGCUAGGCAACUUUACCGAGUAUGUCGGCGGCAAGCAAUACGCGUGGACGAUCUUGGGCCCUCUGGAGAACCUUGCUGCUGUCGAGGAGACGCUAGUCCGUGACAAGGCCGCCGAGUCGAUUUCCAACAUCUCCAAGGACCUCUCCGCCCAGCAGAUUGACGAGUAUUUUGUUCCCCUCCUGCGACGCCUGUCGAUUGGCGACUGGUUCACGUCGCGCACAUCCGCAUGCGCCCUCUUCGCAGCUCCUUACCCCAAGGCCAACCCCGAGGCGCAGGACGAGAUGCGCCGCCUGUUCUCGACACUUGUGGCCGACGACACCCCUAUGGUUCGCCGCGCAGCCGCUCGUGCUCUUGGGCCCUUUGCCAAGGCCGUCGCUCAGGUACCCCAGCAGCACGCGCUCCUCAUCACCGACCUGAUCCCCCUAUACCGCCGCCUCGCGGCCGACGACCAGGACUCUGUGCGUCUCUUGACCAUUCCCGACCUUAUUGCGUUCGCGUCCAACCUCUCGCACGAGGAGACCAAGGAGCAGCUUCUCGAGCCCCUCCGCGCUUCUGUCUCGGACAAGAGCUGGCGCGUUCGUUACAUGGUCGCCAACGAGUUUGUCGGCCUCGCCGAGUCGGUCGGGCCCGAGAUUGUUCGUGACGAGCUCGUCAACGCAUUUGUUGGUCUCUUGAAGGACAACGAGGCCGAAGUCCGCACCGCAGCUGCUGGCCAGGUGCCCGGCUUUGGCAAGCUCGUCGAGCCCGAUGUCAUCCUCAACAAGCUCCUUCCCUGCGUCAAAGAGCUCUCCAACGACUCGAGCCAGCACGUCCGUGCCGCCCUCGCCAUGCAGAUUUCCGGUCUCGCUCCCCUGCUCGGCAAGGACGCAACCAUCGAGCACCUCCUGCCCCUCUUCCUCCAUUUGCUCAAGGACGACUUUAGCGAGGUCCGUCUCAACCUCAUUUCCAAGCUCGAGAUGGUCAACAACGUCAUCGGCAUCGAGCGCCUUUCGCAGGCCCUGCUCCCUGCUAUCAUGGAGCUCGCCGAGGACAAGCAGUGGCGUGUGCGCCAGGCGAUCAUCGAGUACAUCCCCCUGCUCGCGACUCAGCUGGGCGUCAAGUUCUUUGACGACAAGCUUGGUGCGCUCUGCAUGUCGUGGCUCGGUGAUACCGUGUUCAGCAUCCGUGAGGCGGCCACUAUCAACCUCAAGAAGCUCACCGACGUGUUUGGCGUCGACUGGGCGCGCACCACGAUCAUCCCCAAGGUCCUCCAGAUGGGCGAGCACCCCAACUACCUGUACCGCAUGACGACCAUCUUCGCGAUCACGACCAUGGCGCCGUCGCUCAACACGGCCAUCAUCCGCGACACUGUGCUCGACGCGUCGUUGAACCUCGUCUCGGACCCCAUUCCCAACAUCCGCUUCAACGUUGCCAAGUGUCUCGAGACUCUCGCGGCGGUCCUUGCCAACGACCCUGACGGCCAAGACCUUGUGCAGCGUCGCAUUCUCCCGACCUUGCGAAAGCUCCAGGAGGACUCGGAUGCUGAUGUCCGGUAUUUCGCGACAAAAGCGUACGAGCGCACGACGGGCGACGACCGGUCAGAGCCCAUGCAGCUCUCAUAA